UCGGACCCCAUGUACAAAAAAAUUACAAUCGCUUACUAUAUAUAGACCCUCGUGCCUCCUACCCUCUUCAAGCCAUUUCAAAUUCGGUUAUUUCCAUAUAGCCUGUCCAAUAUCUCCUUACAAAGUUACUACCAUGGAUGAUGUCAAGGUGAUCUGCAUGAAAGACCCCAACUACAACUUAACCAUCAGAAAUGGCAAGGUGGUUUUUGCUCGCGCUGGUUCAUGUGAAUGUCAGCACUGGCGCAAGGAUGAGAAAUAUGCCCAGGGAAAGGUGGACACACAUGGCCGCAAAGCAUUUGCUCUAGUUAAUAAAGCUACUGGUCAGGCCCUGAAACAUUCUGCAGAGGGUAAACCAGUGGAGCUGGCGAACAUCAACUCCUGUAAUCUUGACCAGGCUCUACUUUGGACGGAUGGAUCUUCCUGGGGUAAUGGUUAUAGUCCUGCCUGGAUGAUUAAGGAUGUUCAGCUGAAUUUGGAUGCUAAAGAUGGGAUUGUCAACGAUUGCUCUACAGUUCAGAUGUGGAAGUGGAAUGGUGGUGCACCUAACCAGCUCUGGAAAAUUGUCCCCUAUUGAGGAGGAAGUUGCUAUGGUGUUGCCACUCGCCAUCUAUCUAUCUAUAUAGAUAUGUAUGUAUGCUUGUGGUUUCUAUAAAUUUGGAAUAAAACCUUGGUGUGUAACCAUAUAGCUGUUACAACAGCUGGGGUGUGG